UCAAAACUGCUGCAAGUCUGUGGCUCCCGCCAGAGAACAGGAGCUGCCCAGAGACUGUGGUCCUGAAAGCGCCACUCCGGGAGCUAACCAGGCAGGAGAGGUCCUGAAGCAACCAACACCAGUAGGAACAGAGGCAACAGCCCCAAAGCAUCUUGGAGGAGAAUCAGAACUCCGCGGAGUAGAAUAAGCAACAUCGAGAAGAACCAGACCCGGAGGAAUAUCUAAGAGGUAGCUACCGGGUUUAAUAUGGAUCGCUGAAAGCACCUCCUUCUCCCAUGAUCGGCAGGGCCGGGGGCCUUGGCUUCUCUGACUGUCUUCUAGGACACAAAUUUGCAGAGUUCAUCCCUGGAACUGCCACUAACUGAGAAUCUGGAAAUGGCAAAAACAUAUGUGAAAUCCAAGGAGAUCGUGGAGCUGGUCAACACGCAGCCCUUUGUGGAUAAAGGUCUGAGCUCUCAAAAUGAGGUGAAGGGCGAGGAGAGAAGGCCAGGUGCUUAUGGGGUGCUUGGAAGCUUGACUGAAGAACAUGAUAGUAUUGAAGAGGAAGAGGAGGAGGAGGAAGAUGGGGAAAAACCUAAGAGAAGAGGUCCCAAGAAAAAGAAGAUGACCAAAGCUCGGCUUGAGAGAUUCAGGGCUCGGAGAGUCAAGGCGAAUGCUAGAGAAAGGACCCGGAUGCACGGCCUGAACGAUGCCCUAGACAACCUCAGGAGGGUCAUGCCGUGUUACUCUAAAACCCAGAAGCUUUCCAAGAUAGAGACGCUUAGACUGGCUAGGAACUACAUCUGGGCUUUGUCUGAAGUCCUAGAGACUGGCCAGACACCCGAAGGGAAGGGUUUUGUGGAGAUGCUCUGUAAAGGACUCUCUCAGCCUACAAGCAACCUGGUGGCUGGAUGCCUCCAGCUGGGCCCACAGUCUAUCCUCCUGGAGAAGCAUGAGGAAAAGUCUCAGAUUUGUGAUUCUACUGUCUCUGUCCACAACUUCAAUUAUCAGUCUCCAGGGCUCCCUAGCCCUCCUUAUGGCCAUAUGGAAACACAUCUUCUUCAUCUCAAGUCUCCAGCAUUCAAGAGUCUGGGAGAGUCCUCAUUUGGGAGCCAUCCCCCUGACUGCAGUACGCCCCCUUAUGAAGGCCCACUCACCCCACCUCUGAGCAUCAGUGGGAACUUCUCCCUGAAGCAAGAUGGUUCUCCAGACUUGGAAAAGUCCUACAGCUUCAUGUCACAUUACCCCUCUGCAAGUCUAAGCUCAGGGCAUGUGCAUUCAACUCCCUUUCAGGCUGGUAACUCCCGCUAUGAUAUUCCCAUAGACAUGUCCUAUGAUUCCUAUCCUCACCAUGGUAUUGGGACCCAACUGAACACGAUCUUCACUGAUUAGGGCAGUAACAUCUGCAUUUCAGAGAAUGAUGUGGAGACAGUCCUCAGAAUUCAAGUGACUGAGCUGAAGAUGCAAAGACUUUAAAUGAAUGCUAUGGAUAUAUAUCGAACAAUAAUCUGAGUCCAUUUAGGAUCUCUGACACCUGUCCUCAUCUUUUGUCAUUGAUUUCUCACAUUAUAUUGACUCCUUUAGAGUUCUCACGUGAAAUUACUUGAUGACAUACAACUAUAUGGUAAUAGAAGACCUAGGCCCUCUUACGGUGGUGCCAAAAACUCGUUGAGUGAUCUCUGCCAAAUAAUUCUUCACUUACUGGUGAUACGAAGCAGUUGUUUUAAGUUCAGAUAAUUUUGACAGACCUUCUUGGUUCUGGAAUUAUAUAACUUUGGUGAGAACUCUUAUAAAAGCUUUUUAAAACUGGCAAAAUGGAAGCAAUAUUCAGAAAUGAAUGGUAUGCAUGAAAUGAUCAAAUGGAGGUGCCAAAGGGAGCACAAGGGCACGUCUGCUGGUGCACAGAGCGCGAAGUUCAUUUGAACUUGGUGACAAGACUUCUUUGUAUCUAUCUAAAAAUAGCUUCUAGAAGCUGAAAUUCUAACUUGGUUGUCACUGUGAAUAGAUUAGUUUUAUUUCUCAUUGGACUAGAAAUUGAAAAUAUCUUUCUUAGCAAUUUGAAAACCACAAGAGGACAUCAUGUCUACUUUAU